AUGUCGCAAUAUUAUCAAGGAAAUAAAGAGCUUCUUGAAUACUUAGAUAGUCACAAACCGGAAGAAUGGUCCCUUUCCCGGUUUCUGUUGCUUUACCGUGAUAAAAUUCUUACAACCCCUCCAUUCCAUGACGACUGGCACGCUCUUGAUGGAUUGUGGACGAGGAGGUUUGUAUGGGCAGUCCAAGAACGAAACGAGAAGAUUGCUUUGGAAACAAAGUUAUCAUUAUCUCGAGUGACCAAUGAUGACACUCCAAACAGUUUCAAGGUUAAUUCUGAGAAUAACCGCUUGUAUUGGAGAGAGAUUAUUCUUGAUCGUAUGAAAAUUGAAACUAAGUUAGUGACAGACAAAGAAGGUCUUCACACUCUUCACACGUCAGUACAAUCUCAUGGAGAGAGAGUUCGCAAUAGCUACGAUAAUUGUGAAGAGGCAAAUGUAAGAGUAUCAAAAUUUAUCUUCGAACAAGACAAACCCAAGGAUGAUCAUGAUGAAAGUGACGAGAUAGAUAAUUUCUUUAAAAGCCCCUCCGAAAAAAAAUCAUCCAAUCUGUUUUUGCAAAAAAAGGACAACUCAGCCAAGAAACAGCAAAAAUCAAGCAAUGAACGGGGUUUCAACGAAGCGGAUGACGAGAAAGACAAGGUCGUAUCCGAAGAAAACGAUGAUUCAGGAUUUUUUUCCUUAGGUUCACAACCCAUAUCCUUCUGUAAUGCAAGUGAUACCGAAGGUCUUGCAGAUGGUUCCGAAAAUAAACCGUUUUUAGUAUCUGAGGAAGAGUAUGCAUAUUUACAAGAAAUUUUAAACGAAGAUGUAAGAUUGCCAACCCCCAAUAAACGAGGAAAUGAAAUCGAAGAAGACGUUUCUACACGUAAAAAGGCAAAAAAGACCGUGAAGAGUACUUAUAGCGUGGAGCAUCCGCGAUCAAGAAAUAGCGAGAAGUCUUCCUUCGAGGAUCCAUCU